GUUAGAUAUGUGAGGAACAGCCCAAGUAGGUUGACUAAGUUCAAAGAAUGUGUUGACCUAGAGAAGGUUAACACUAAAGUUUUCUUAAUCCUUGAUGUGACCACUAGGUGGAAUUCUACAUAUUAUAUGUUGAAGGCUGCUGCUAGCUAUGAGAAAGUCUUUGCAAGGUAUGCUGAUGAGGAUCCGUACUAUGCAAUUGAUCUACUUAGUGACAAAGGUAAGGACAAGGGCCCUGGAGUUCGAGAAGAGCAGUAUUGGGAGAAUGUGAACAAGUUGGCAGAAUUUCUUGCACAUUUUGGUGAUCUAACAAUUCGUGUUUCUGCCUCACUACAUGUGACUGCUCACAGUUCUUUCCAUGAGAUUAGUGAGGUGAAUAUAUUAAUGAAAAAAUGGAUGGACGGUGGGGAUGGUUUGAAAAUUGCAAUGGCAGAGAGGAUGAAGGAGAUGUAUGACAAAUACAGGGGUAAUUGGCAUGAGCCCGAUCCCAACAAGAAGGGGAAGGAAAAGGAUAACAUGAACUUGCUGAUUUUCAUUGCAACAGCACUUGAUCCAAGAUACAAGCUUGCAGAAUACACACAUCUUGCCAUUUUGGAAAUGUAUGGGGAUGACAAAGGGCCUAAGGUGUGGCCUGCAAUCAAUACUUGUCUCCGAGAUUUGUUCGAAGAGCAUAGGGUGAUGUAUGCUCUAGAAAAUGUGUUGCCUCAAACCACCCGGGAAGCGGAAUCUGCAAGUGGAGGGCACACAAGCAUGAUGAAGUCUUUGAUUGCCAAAAAAAUGAGGUAGUAGCAAGUCUGAGCUGGACAAGUUCCUUGCUGAGGAAAUUGAAGAUGAUGGCCCAAACUUUGACAUGUUACUUUGGUGGAAGAUCAAUUCAUCCAGGUUUCCUAUACUGGCAUGCUUGGCUCGUGAUGCUUUGGCAAUCCCCAUUUCGACAGUUGCAUCAGAGUCUGCAUUCUCCACUAGUGGGCGCAUUUUUGAUGACUUCAGAACUUCUCUUGCUCCUUUUAUGGUAUAGAAGUUCUUGUAUGCACUCAAGAUUGGCUUUGACAUGGCACUCCUCCCAGCAUAGCAGAGAACAUCGAAGAGCUCACCAAGCUUG